GCCGGCGCAGAGUCUGUGAGGUGUCUCGGACCCGCCACAGCGGCUGCAGUUCUCCGCGAUGCCGAGGCCAGAGCCGGACUGCUCGCCACUCUGAGCCGGUCCCAACACGGAAGGCACAGAGGGAGGCCAUGGCGGAGUCCUCCGAGUCCGGGCGGCUGGCGUCGGAGGACGGCGGCGGGAGCUUGGAAGCGGAGGAUGACGAGGAGCGGGAGCCGCUGUUGCCGCGGAUCGCCUGGGCCCAGCCACCUAAGGGCGCCCCCGGGAUCGCCGUCAGGCUCGUGGAGGCUGCCGGCCAGGAGGGCGCGGCCUCUCCUCGCGAGGCUGGAGACAAGGAACUGCUGCUCGGGUCUUGGGACGCGCCCAGCCGGCCCUCCCGGAGCGUGAGUGUCCGCCGGAGCUCGGCCCCCCCCCCCCCCCGGAAACUCCCCAGAGGUGCAGCAUUGAAUACAUUCUUGGAUGAUCCUGAAUUUGCUGAUACUGUGUUGAAAGCAGAGCAAGCAGUAGAAUUUGGAGUUUUUCCAGAAAGAAUCUCUCAAGGUUCAAGUGGAAGUUACUUUGUGAAGGAUCCUAAGAGGAAAACUAUAGGUGUGUUUAAACCCAAAUCAGAAGAGCCUUAUGGUCAACUGAAUCCAAAAUGGACCAAAUAUGUUCAUAAAGUCUGCUGCCCUUGCUGCUUUGGUAGAGGCUGCCUGCUUCCUAAUCAGGGAUACCUUUCUGAAGCUGGUGCCUCCCUUAUAGAUGAAAAGCUUCAUCUGGGCAUUGUACCUAAAACAAAGGUGGUUUGGCUUGUCAGUGAGACAUUUAACUACAGUGCAAUUGACCGUGCAAAAUCUAGAGGCAAAAAGUAUGCUUUAGAGAAAGUGCCUAAAGUAGGUAGAAAAUUCCAUCGGAUAGGACUCCCUCCUAAGAUUGGUUCCUUUCAGUUAUUUGUUGAAGAUUACAAGGAGGCUGAAUAUUGGCUUAGGAAAUUUGAAGCUGACCCUUUGCCUGAGAAUAUUAGAAAAGAAUUUCAGUCACAAUUUGAAAGAUUAGUUAUUUUGGAUUACAUCAUCAGAAAUACAGACAGGGGAAAUGAUAAUUGGUUAAUCAAAUAUGAAAAGCAGAAACAGGGAAAGGAAAUUAAGGAAACGGAAUGGAUUGAUGAUAAAGAAUCACUUAUUAAAAUAGCUGCAAUUGAUAAUGGUCUGGCAUUUCCCUUUAAGCAUCCUGAUGAAUGGAGAGCAUAUCCAUUUCACUGGGCUUGGCUCCCUCAGGCAAAAGUUCCUUUUUCUGAAGAAACAAGAAACUUAAUUCUACCAUAUAUUUCUGACAUGAACUUUGUGCAAGAUUUAUGUGAAGAUCUUCAUGAACUUUUUAAGAUUGACAGAAAAUUUAACAAAGCCACUUUUGAAAGUCAGAUGUCUGUGAUGAGAGGUCAGAUCUUAAAUCUUACUCAGGCACUGAAAGAUGGGAAGAGUCCUGUUCAGCUGGUACAAAUGCCCUGUGUGAUUGUGGAGCGCAGUCAAGGUAGAAAUCAGGGUCGGAUUGUCCAUACGAGCAGUUCUUUCACCCAGACUGUCCACUGCAGGAAGCCAUUCUUUUCCUCCUGGUAGCAGAUGUAAGAGUAAAAGAAGCAAACCGUUCGGCAUUAUUAUAUUGUUAAAACAAUACAGUAAUGCAAAUCUGUUAAGAGCUCCCAUUGCCAAAACCUCAAAUAAUGUAAGUCUUUAAAAGGUUAUCUUUUGAAUGUAAUCAAAAGUUUACAGCUUUUUUGUCCAAAUAUUAAAUUUCUAUUUCAGGGAAGAAGUGAUAGAUCGCCUAUAUUGUAUUUUUGUAGAAAAAUUGUAUUUUAUGUUGUUGAUGUUAGUUUAAAAGGUAAUUUCUUGGUUUACAUACUCUGAAAUGACUGUAAUUACUUUAGAAUCCAAGUAGAAAAAUAAGAUAUUUGUUGACUUUGAAUAACUUUUUAUAUUCUUUUUAAACAUUGAGAAGGAUGUUCAUGUUCACUCUUCUUACAUUAUAAAAGGCCUGUGAGGGUGAAACUGCUCUUGUGAGUUUUAAUAAGUGGUUAAUAGAAAAACAGGUAAGAAUAGAGCAAUGUUGCCUUAAUUGAAAAAGCUGCUAUUUUAGAACUUGAAUAAGUGUCCCCAAAGUGAUCAUUGCUAUUAGGGACCAGAAAGUUAUAUUUUGGUUGAGUAGAAGAUGACCAUUUUAUUUUCUGUACUUCAGAAUAUUUUUGGUCAAUUAUUUUGUAAUAGUAAGGAAACAAAUCUAAAGAUGUUCUCCCUUUAGAAAAAAAAUGGAAACACUCAGCUGAGACUGGAGGGGACUAACAGGAAAUUAAGGCAGAUCUCUAAUAUUUUGAAAUUCCAAAAUAGCAUUAGAAGUCCCUUUUGUUUCUUGCAUGGGAUCAAUUACUUAAUCUAUUAGUACUUUAGAGUACUGAUCUUACUCAGUUUAGUAGUUCAGUUAGUAUUAACUUUACCGAAAAGUAAACCAUACCCCAAAGUAUAUAUUGGAUUGCAUUUUGGGGUCCU